AUGGAAGGACCCUCACAUCCUCGCGAGCGUCAUCUCGUUCACAGCCAUGCCCACGAAGAGGAUCUACCAGGAACAGUAAACCUCCAAGCCCUGGAAGGCGACGACACGGCAUACGGACAAGCUCUCUAUCCCGUACCCAGCGAAGACCCCAACGACCCACUCCAAUGGUCAAAAUCCAAGAAGACCAUGAUCUUGAUCAUUGUGUCGCUAUACUCGUUUUUAGGCAACAGCGCGCUCGUAGGACCAUCAGUUUACCUAGAAAUCUAUAGCGAGGAAUUUGGGAUUUCUGUUACUCAGGCAUCUGGACUUGUGUCUUAUCCCAAUUUGGUCUUUGGAUUUGGGUCUUUGCUACUCGUUCCUGCCUAUUUGAAGUUUGGCCGACGCCCGGUGUUGCUUCUUUCCCUGCUCAUGUUUGUGUUUGGACUUCUCGGUGCUUCGCAAGCUACCUCCUAUGGAGGCCUCAUGGCUGCAAGAAUCAUUCAUGCCUUGGGUUCUGGCGUCUGCGAAGCCCUCCCCGUACAACUCGUCAACGACAUUUUCUUCCUUCACGAACGCGGCAAGAGAUUGGGGUAUUACACUGUGUGUUUGUGCUGGGGCAGUACAGGACCUCUUUAUGCUGGUUACAUGCUCGCAGCUGGAUACUCAUGGAGGCUAUACUUCUAUGUCGAGUUCGCCUUUGCGUGCGCGCUCCUUAUCCUUGCAUUCAUCUUUGUCGAAGAAACGGCAUACAAGCGUGUUGUUGUGACGACAUCGACACCAGACUCGGACAAUGAAAAAGGACACGGCGAACAUGUCGAAGUCGUCACUCUAGCUCCACCCAGAAGAUCUUGGCUUCAAACACUCAAGCCAUGGAGUGGUAUUGAUCAUGAAGCUGAGUUCUUCAUGACUAUGCUACGCUCGUUCAGUUAUUUCUUGGUGCCCUCGGUGAUGUGGGUGGUUACCAGUUUUGGCAUAUAUAUCGGCCUUGGCGCCUUAGCCUUCAAUUACACAUUUCCUUUAAAGAUCGUGGCACCGCCGUAUAACUGGUCUCCGAAGAACAGCGGCCUCAUCGCUCUCGGCAACAUAAUCGGCUACGCACUCGCUGUGCCCUUUGCCUCUUCCUCAGACCGCAUAGCCGCGUACCUCACUAAACGCAACAACUCCAUCCGCGAAGCCGAAAUGCGACUCUGGGUCCUCCUCCCCGUAUGCCUCAUCGCCCCCGCUGGCCUGAUCCUCUACGGUUUUACCGCCGAGCGCAACCUUCACUGGAUAGGCUACUUCGCUGGCGUCGCCAUGACAGACUUCGUGUCUUAUUUCUACUUUUCGUUUGUGCUUGCCUACGCCGUCGACUCCAUGACGGCAAACACUGCCGAGAUGUUGAUUUGCAUGAAUCUGGGCAAACAGGCCAUUUCCUUCGGGAUGGGUAUUUAUCUCUUGGACUGGAUUCUGGAGCAUGGAUAUGCCAAGAUCAUCGGUGGUGCGUUUUGCGCGGUGUUGGCGGUCAACAAUCUGGCAGUAUUGGUCUUCUUGCCUUUUGAAGACGAGUAA